AAGGUCAACCUAUGUAUAGAGAGAUAGAAGGGAGUUUUAAUUUGAUAAUUUAUUAUUUAUUUUCCAAAUGCUAACUAGAUUCUUUUGUCUUCUCAAUUUCUUUUCUUUUCGAUUAUUAAUCGUACCCAUAUCUCUCUCUCUAUUUUUAUUUUUUUUCCCUCUCUUCUUAAAAACCCUUCAUAUUAGUUUCUUAUUGUUCACAAGUUUCGCUUUUUCCAGUUCCCAUCCACAAUUAUUAUUUCCCUCUCACCCGAGAUGGGUUUUGAUGAUUUUUCUAAAACAGGGUUGGUGUUGGGAUUAGGGCUCUCAGAAUUAGCUGACGAUCAAAGGACGACAUUGAAGAAGAAGCCUGCACCUUGCUCCUCCAGUUCACUUGAUUUCGAGCCUUGUGUUUUGACUUUGGGAUUUUCCGGUGGUGGUGGCGACCCUCAUCGGAAAGUUAUUGAUCAUGAGGGUGUUCGUCAUUUAUAUCGCCAAACAUCCCCUCAUAGCAGCGCUGUUUGUUCUUCCUUCUCGGGUAAGGUUAAAAGAGAGAGAGAUCUGAGCAGUGAAGAAGUUGAACUGGAGAGAGUUUGUUGGAGAGUUAGUGAUGAAGAUGACGAUGGUUGUAAUAAUACUAGAAAGAAACUUAGACUCUCUAAACAACAAUCCGCUCUCUUGGAAGAAAGUUUCAAACAGAAUAGCACGCUCAAUCCUAAGCAAAAACAAGGCUUAGCAAGACAGCUAAAUCUACUGCCACGACAAGUUGAAGUAUGGUUUCAGAAUAGGAGAGCUCGAACAAAAGUGAAACAAACGGAAGUAGAUUGUGAGUUGUUGAAGAAGUGUUGUGAGACGUUGACGGAUGAAAAUAGAAGAUUACAAAAGGAGGUUCAAGAAUUGAAGGCAAUAAAGCUGGCAAAACCGGUAUACAUGCAGAUGUCGGGGGCGACAUUAACCAUAUGCCCCUCAUGCGAAAGGGUGGGUACUGGCGGCCAUGGUGGUGUCGCGGACGGUAAUUCUAAUUCCAAACCCAAAUUUUCAAUGCCUCCUAACCCUCUCUUUUACAAUCCCUUCUCCAAUCCUUCAGCCGCUUGUUAGACAAUAUUUAUUAUUCCAACCUACACAAUAAUAUAAUUACCUUUUUUCUUUUAUCUUUUCUUCUUCAGAAAGGGUUGUAGAGCUAAAUUGGCGAUUAGACAAAUUUAAUGUAAGUAGUAGCUACCUAGCUAGCUUGUAAAAAAUUACUCUUUUAUCAUAUCCAACAUCAAAUUAUGUCAGUCUUAUUUUUCUUUA